GAACCUUAACGGAAACCAAGUGCCUAACAAGGGACAGUGGUGGGGACAAACCGCCAGUGCCUCCAAACCAAGCUCAGGCCAACUGCAGACGGAAGCCGUUGGCCUCAGCCGUGAACGCCCAGGCGCAGAGCGCAGAUGCCGAACCCAUGGAAGGAAUCGGGAUUCCCAGCCCUGGCCAGUACCUGGCGACAGGUUCAGUGUACAGCUCUUUCUUUGAGGUUGUGGGUGGCUCUGAAAAGAGCCUUUGGUGUCCGUUAAGCAGCACUAACGACCAGGAGGGCCUCACUUGCCCUUGGCCUUAUGGUGGCUCUCGGUCUUCUUGGGCAGCAGCACCGCCUGGAUGUUGGGCAGGACGCCGCCCUGCGCGAUGGUCACGCGGCCCAGCAGCUUGUUGAGCUCCUCGUCGUUGCGGAUGGCCAACUGCAGGUGGCGCGGGAUAAUUCGUGUCUUCUUGUUGUCGCGGGCCGCGUUGCCAGCCAGCUCCAGGAUCUCGGCCGUCAGGUACUCCAGCACGGCCGCCAGGUACACCGGGGCGCCGGCGCCCACCCGCUCCGAGUAAUUGCCCUUACGGAGAAGACGGUGCACACGGCCCACCGGGAACUGCAGGCCGGCGCGGGACGAGCGGGAUUUCGCUUUUGCGCGAGCUUUGCCGCCCUGCUUGCCACGACCAGACAUCUUCAACUGAUGAUCACAAAGAAGAACACAAACCAGAAACUAAGCUGGCGAUAACGACCUCGUAAGCCCAAGCAAGCUCUUAUAUAUGAUCAGGAGGGAGGCUAGACUGCGCCUUUCUAUUGGACGGCAGCACUAGCCAAUCAGAAAAAGAACCCGGCACCUCCUAAUUUGCAUAAACAUUACUCUGAGAUGACGUAAUGUACAAUUGUAUUCAAUCAAAAGCGAGUAAAGUCUGAUCCUUCAUUUGAAUAUAGGGCAUAUAAAUAGAGUUGGUACGGCGGACACGCGCGUUUCCCGAGAGCAACUAGCCAAUAUGCCUGAUCCGUCCAAAUCUGCUCCAGCCCCCAAGAAGGGGUCCAAGAAGGCCGUCACCAAGGCGCAGAAAAAGGACGGCAAAAAACGCAAACGGGGCCGCAAGGAGAGCUACUCCAUCUAUGUGUACAAGGUGCUGAAGCAGGUGCACCCGGACACCGGCAUCUCCUCCAAGGCCAUGGGCAUCAUGAACUCGUUCGUCAACGACAUCUUCGAGCGCAUCGCCAGCGAGGCCUCCCGCCUGGCGCAUUACAACAAGCGCUCGACCAUCACGUCCCGCGAGGUGCAGACGGCCGUGCGUCUGCUGCUGCCCGGGGAGCUGGCCAAGCACGCCGUGUCCGAGGGCACCAAGGCCGUCACCAAGUACACCAGCUCCAAGUGAGGCGCGGCGCGGGCGUCCUCAAUCCAAAGGCUCUUUUCAGAGCCACCCAUACAGUCGUUAAAAGGGUCUUGAACACA